UAAAAUAAAAUAGUUUUUUAUAUGUUUUAAGAAUAUUUAAGUUUAAAUGUCUUGUUUAGGUACAGCCUUUUUUUGGUGUUGUGUUAGUAACUUUUUUUUAACCUCAAAGUUAUUGAUUUAACAUUACCUGGUACUAACAGGCACCAAUAUUCCUUCAGAAUAGAUAUUGUUCUACUAGCACUAUUUAAAUUUAUAAGUAUAAAAUUCUAACUAUAUCUUAACAAUGGGGAGUAGUGUUACGGAAUCAACGUCUUCUGAUGUGUUGGAUUUGACAAAUUUUGAUACGUGUGGGCAUUUGAGUCCUUUCAUAUUGACAAGUCCGCGAUCACUAUUAGCAUGCCGCAAGGCUAAAAUAAAGCCUAAUGAGUUAUUGUACAAGAGUGCUGCAGAUAUUUCUAAAGACCUUGAUGUGUCAAUUAAGUUAGCGUAUCCAGUUUAUCAACAACAUGAAAAAAUUAGACAAGAAAAGCUUGAAGCAUGUAGACGAGAGAGAAAUAAACUGUUGUACUAUGAAAGUAUAACUGAUAGUACAUCAACACGGAAAAAAAGAAAAAAAUGUCUGAAAAAAGAAAUGUCAUUCUAUCGAAACAAUAUCGCUUCAAAUAUGCGACGCACCAAGUCUAUUCAAAAUAAAUUAAAUGAAGAUGAAAAAAACGUACAUCAUAAUGUCACAAAAAGACGAAAACGUCGUUGUAAAAAAUCAAAAAGUAUAAGUGACUUGAUGGAUUUAAAAGAACUGUGUAAAGAAGUGGAUCGGAUUGCAAUCCUCGAAAAACGUGAACCAGACACGACUAAUAAGCGGAAACCUAUAAAAAAAUGUUCACGAUCUGGAAAUGCAAGAAGCUUAAUGGAUAUCAGUGGUAUUCAUAUACCAGACCAAGACCGAAAAAUUUUAGAUAGUAUGAGGCGAAAACGUGAAGAAAGACAGUAUGGAGAGGAUCUAGCGCAUAGAGUAAAUAUAUUCUGGGAACAAAUGCGCGAAGAGGAAAAACGGUUAACUAAAGAACAAAAGCAAAAAUGGCAAAAUUUUAUAAUGGCAAAACGAAAUGUUGAAAAUGGAGUCAAACAUAUGCGUUUAGAUGAACUGCGUGUAGAAUUCGAGAAUAACCAAAGAAAAUUGGAGGAACAGAUUAUACAAAAAGACAAAAGGGUUAAUGAACUUAAACAACAAAUUGAAGACCGCAAGUUGUUUGAAAAUGCAUUAAAACAAGAUACAGAGUUCAGGAAGCAUAAAAUCGCGAGUGAUAAUAACUUUUAUGAACAAAUGAACGCUCUUCAACACAAAAAAAGAUUGCAUGACAUAAAUCUUUUGAAACAGAAAAAAGCGGAUGAAAUAAGAAAUAAAUCAUUAAAAAUAAGUCAACAAAAAAUUAUGUCGUCAAAUCGUUUGGAAGAAUUGCGACAUGCUGUGCAAUUAGAGCGAAUUCAAGCACGGCAUGAUGAUACAAUCCGUCGAAAAUUUGAUGAGUGUCAAGCAAAAGAACGCAAGGCUUUUCAAAAUCAUUUAGAUAAAAUGUCUAUGCGCAUGCGAGAAUUAGCUAAUAAAAGUUUACAGAGGGAACAACACAUGGGUCAAGUUCAUAGAGUAGCUAGAGAACUUGAGGAUGGAAUGCAAAGAUGGCAAGAUCGUAUAAUGUUAAUGCAAUAUGAGCAAUUAAGAAGAGCAAAAGAAAAUGCAGCCCUGUACACUGACAAUAAAAAACUCAGAGCUGAGAUAGAAAAUAAGCGUAGGAUUAUAGAGCAUUCUGCUAAAAUACAAAGAGUGAAAGAAGCUGAAAGAGAACGACUGUGUAAUAUCAAAAAAGAGAUUGAAGAAGAAGAAAAUAAAAUAAAAAGAAUUAAACAGAAGAAAGAUUUGGAAAUUCAAAUGGGUCGAAAACUGGCGUUAAGUACAGCUGAAUUGAGAAAAGAAAUCCGACGCAGUACUGAAUUGGAUUUAUUUAACACGCGAUGAUGAUUAUAUUUUGAUGUAUUUUAAUAAUAAAAUUGUAAGGAUUUAGGAUAA